GUGUACGGGAUAGCACCUUGGAAAUAUGGCAUCCCUGCCGCAGUCUACGGCACAUUUGCAGUCCGGCAUUUUACUUUUUCUUGCACACAGCGGUUGAGAACCAAAAGCCAGAAUCAUCAGCAUGGGUGUUCAGGUUAUCCCACUUUCCAACGGAGAUCAAUCCACUUUCCCCAAAACUGGCCAGAUUGCUGUGGUCCACUACACCGGCACGCUAGAUAAUGGAACCGUGUUCGACUCGUCCCGCACUCGGGGCAAGCCGUUCCGCUUCACCGUCGGUCGCGGCGAGGUCAUCCGUGGAUGGGAUGAGGGUGUUGCUCAGAUGUCGGUCGGUCAACGAGCAAAGCUGGUCUGUUCGCCGGAUUAUGCUUACGGAAGCCGUGGCCAUCCCGGUGUUAUUCCACCGAACGCAACCCUCACCUUCGACGUUGAGCUGUUGAAGGUGGAGUAGGAAGGAUUGUGUAUUCGUCCCAAAGCAUUCUAAAACGAACAAGGCAGAUAACAAAACAAUAGCAAGUGAUUAACCAAGCAUACACACACAAACAUUGUGAAAAACAACAAACCAUGAAGCAAUCAUUUAAUCCGGGCCUGAUCCUGGCCGUUCAUUGUAGCGCGAGGAAUCCACAAUUCGUCAGUCGGAAGACUAGGAAUAAGAAAACAGUAAGAUCGUAGGAUUUGAACAGUUUCUCUCAGCUUUUAAUCGAUAUUCUUCCAAUGUACAAUGCAGUGGGGUUAGGAGGAACAAAUCAGCAAACGAUGCAUUUAUAAUAAAACACUCAUUUAGCCAAAAACUUGUUGAGACAAAAACUAAUCUUUGUAGAUUCGGGGCAAAUUCUCUCGUCAUUUAUUCCUACCAUUGAUGAUUAGUCUUAUUCCUUCAAAGAUAAAAAAAAGUCUGCCACUCAUUCUAGCAAAUUUAUAGCGUUUCGGGGAAGGCAAACAACAAAGUUAAACCAAAACCGUUUACAACAAACAAGUAGAGUAGGGUAAAACACACCGCUCUGGUAGCAGUUUCCACCAUACAAACUAUUGUGAAAUAUUACAACAGAAAAAAAACCACUAUCGAUCCUUCGAGUUUGAGAAUGUAACACUUUACGAGCUAAGAACAUUUAAAACUAAUAACCAAUUCAAAAAAGUAUAAAAUAUAUACCACCAUUCGACGUUAUUAUGACAAAAUCAAUAUUCAUACUCUAGCUGAACAAAUAGAACAAAAAGGUGAAUUAAA